AUGCUAGGCGGUAAUGGCAAGACUGAGCAUGAGGAGCAAACUAUAAAGCAGAUCCCUUCUGAAGAGUCAGAGCCCCAUGGCCUGACGUUGGGGGAGCCACUGAGGGGUGCUUUCUGGAGCCGUCACUCUAAGGUCACCUCAGAGAAGCUUCAGCCAUUUGACAAGAAGGCAGCGUCCAGCAGAGGCGGCUUCACAAACUCUCCUGCCUGGGCUCAUCAACCCGCCACUGGUGGAAGAGUGGAGGGAGCCCAGGCAUCAGAAGGCAGUGGUGGUGUCAGAAUGGGCCUCCUUUCAAAGCAGGGCCUCUCCAGAGAGCAGGCCUUUUAUAAAUGUGCUGAGUGUGGCAGGUGCUUCCACCAGCGUUCCGACCUUCACCGACAUCAGAAAGUCCACACUGAGCAGAAGCCGUACAAAUGCGAGGAAUGUGGUAAAGCCUUCAGAUACAACUCCAGACUGUCACGUCACCAGAAAAUCCACACCAGGGAGAAACCGUACUUGUGUCAGGAGUGUGGGCAGACGUUUAGCCAAAACUCUCACCUCCGGCAGCACCAGAAAGUCCAUGGUGGAGAGAAGCCCUACGAAUGCAAGGACUGUGGGAAAACCUUCCGCUACAACUCAAAACUCACUUUGCACCAGCGGAUCCACACCGGCGAGAAGCCCUUUAAGUGCAAGGAGUGCGGGAAGGCCUUCCGGUGUAGCCACGACUGCCUCCUCCACGAGCGAAUCCACACGGGGGAGAGGCCUUACGAGUGUAAGGAGUGUGGCAAGAGUUUCCGUUUGAAUUCCGUCCUGAUGCGCCACCAGAAAAUUCACACGGGGGACACCUCUUACGAAUGUAAAGAGUGUGGGAAGACCUUCCACGGGAGCUGGGCAUUUGUUCAGCACCGGAGGUUCCACACGGGGGCAAAACUCUACAGAUGUAACGACUGUUGGAAGACCUUCAGCUGUAGCUCACACUUUACAGUACACCAGAGAAUCCACACUGGGGAGAAACCCUUUGCGUGCCAGGAGUGUGGGAAGGCCUUCAACCAGAAAAUCACCCUGAUUCAGCAUCAGCGAGUUCAUACUGGGGAGAAACCUUACGAGUGUAAGGUGUGUGGGAAAGCCUUCAAGUGGAACGCAAGCUUCAUUCAGCACCAGAAAUUACAUAUGAGGAAGAAAGCCCCUGAAGUUGUAGGACCUCCCCCCGGCAAAUCUGUUUGUCCUGCUUCAGUCCCCUUGUCUCAGGCUCCCCAGUAUGCAUGCUCUGCCCCAGCCUUGCCCGGGUCCCCGCCGUCAGCUUCACACGCAGUGCUGCUUCCUCUCUCUCUGCCGCUCUUCCUGUUGCUCCCCUUACCUGGAAGGGUCAGUUCUCCUGUCCAAAUAUAGCACUUUUCUUCCCGAGCCUUGCUUCUGAGAAGUCAUCCCCCCAUGGCCUGGUGUGACCCUUCUGGUCUUGUGGAAGUCACUGUUAUAUUCCAGCUUCCUGUUAUUUCUAUUCAACUGGCCUUUGGAACCAGCCAAUUAGAUCUGCAUGCUGAACUAACAGAAGGCUUGGACGAUCCAGCCCCUCCCUCACGUUCUUCUGUUUUGGGUACCCUCGGGGCCCGGACCCUCCUUCACGGUUUCCUCCCGAUACGGUCCCUUCCUCUUUACUUCGUCUAUUACAAAAGGAUCCAGGUAGGAGCCCGGGAUCGGACCCCUAGGAGAAGUCCAGUUCGAAACCACUCUGCACACGCCAGCACUGCCCAAAGCUCCAGGUGUCCGGGGAAGCCAGGCUGGUCCGAGCAGGUUGAGCCCCAGCGCCCCGGGAGAGCAGAUGCAGGCGCCAACCCGGAAGAAACCCGGAAGCCCCGCGCACUGUCACCAAGCAGAUCGGCCCGCCCCUUCCGGCUUCGGACUGAGCCACGUGGGACGGGCCGCGGGUAUCAUCGAGCCGAGUGCCUCCGGCGGCCUAGAGAGGCGUCGCCCGCGCCGGGCUGGUUAACGGAAGUUUCCCGCGUUGCGGGGAGGAAGAACUUGGAAGUGCAAUGCCACAGUCGGCUGGGUUCUGGCGUGACUCGCUUUCCCGGGCGGCAUGUCAGCGCUCCCUCCCCGUAUCCAGAAGCUCGGGCCACCGGGGCCCUCCUGAAGCUGCGCAGCUGCUGCGCGGCCUUGGAACCCCUUGCCCGCUUAGGUGCGAUCUUCUUGCCCUUAACGAGGGAACUUUUUCCCCCACUGCCCUCCCGUGCUUGCUCCUGA